GUCAUUCCCCACUCGGCCAGAGGACGGGACACGGUGAGGAGCUGCUGUGUCGUUCAUUCUACCCCCCUUCUCCUGUCGUCACCCCCAUUGUCCUUGUUGUUUAGUUGCCUUUUAUUAGUUCGUUUAGACGGUUAGCUAGUUUUAGUCAUGUAUCGGUAUUUCGGGGAGCUGCUGAGCCGCUCUGCGGGCAGUGCCCUGGCCUCGGGUUGCGUGGACUCCGCUCUCCCGGUGUCCUCGUCCCUGAUGCGGGUCCGUCACUAUGCCGACGCGGCGGACAAGCCCGACGACCCCAACUUCUUCAAGAUGGUCGAGGGCUUCUUCGACCGCGGCGCCACCAUCGUGGAGGACAAGCUGGUGGAGGAUCUGAAGACCAGGGAAACCCCCGAGCAGAAGCGGCACCGUGUGCGUGGCAUCCUGCGCAUCAUCAAGCCCUGUAAUCACGUCCUGAGCGUGUCCUUCCCCAUCAAGAGGGAUAACGGAGAGUGGGAGGUUGUGGAGGGGUACCGCGCCCAGCACAGCCAGCACAGAACACCCUGCAAAGGAGGUAUCCGUUACAGUACAGAUGUGUCUGUGGAUGAAGUCAAAGCCUUGGCCUCUCUGAUGACCUACAAGUGUGCCGUCGUUGAUGUGCCAUUUGGUGGAGCCAAAGCUGGAGUCAAGAUCAACCCCAGGAAUUACUCUGAUAAUGAGCUGGAGAAGAUUACCAGGAGAUUCACUAUCGAGCUGGCCAAGAAGGGUUUUAUCGGACCUGGCAUCGAUGUCCCGGCCCCAGAUAUGAGCACAGGAGAGAGGGAAAUGUCCUGGAUCGCCGACACAUACGCAAACACCAUCGCACACACUGACAUCAAUGCCCACGCAUGUGUGACAGGAAAGCCUAUCAGCCAGGGAGGUAUCCACGGUCGUAUCUCAGCCACUGGUCGCGGAGUCUUCCACGGCAUCGAGAACUUCAUUAACGAGGCGUCCUACAUGAGCAUGGUGGGCCUGACACCAGGCUUCCAGGACAAGACCUUCAUUAUCCAGGGCUUUGGUAAUGUGGGUCUCCACUCCAUGAGGUACCUGCACAGGUUUGGGGCCAAGUGUGUGGGAAUCGCUGAGAUUGAUGGAGCAAUCUACAACCCAGAUGGCAUCGACCCCAAACAGCUGGAGGACUACAAACUGAACAACGGCACCAUUGUUGGCUUCCCGGGAGCCAAGCCCUACGAGGGGAACAUUUUGGAAGCUGACUGUCACAUCCUGAUCCCUGCUGCCGGAGAGAAGCAGCUCACACGUAACAAUGCCUCCAGGAUCAAGGCCAAGAUCAUUGCUGAGGGAGCCAACGGGCCCACCACCCCUGAUGCUGACAAGAUCUUCCUGGAGAACAACGUCAUGGUUAUUCCUGACAUGUACCUGAAUGCUGGUGGCGUGACAGUGUCUUAUUUCGAGUGGCUGAAGAAUCUCAACCAUGUCAGCUAUGGAAGACUGACCUUCAAGUAUGAGAGGGACUCAAACUACCACCUGCUCAUGUCUGUGCAGGAGAGUUUGGAGAGGAAGUUUGGCAAACAGGGAGGACCCAUCCCUGUUGUCCCUACCGCUGACUUCCAGGCCAGAGUUGCGGGUGCCUCUGAGAAAGAUAUCGUUCACUCUGGGUUGGCCUACACCAUGGAGAGAUCAGCCAGGCAAAUCAUGCGCACAGCGAGCAAGUACAACCUGGGUCUGGACCUUCGGACGGCCGCCUACGUCAACGCCAUCGAGAAGGUCUUCAAAGUCUACAAUGAGGCUGGGCUUACCUUCACAUAAAUGGCCAAUCACGACCUGCACUUCCUCUCCCUCCCCUCCCCCUCCUGCUAUUGAUUCCCCCCUCUAAACAGCCUUCAGAACAUAUCACUGUUUACCGCUGCUUUUAAACACACACACACACAUACACAGAUGCAAAACACGCACACACACAUACAACAAGACGUUGCCUAGCCUGGUGUGUAUCCUGUGAUGUUUGUGCUGCCAUUAUACUGCAUCUAUGUUUAAGUCUUUCCCUCUUCUUGUUUUUGCCUAAGCUUAUAUUGAGAAAAAGCAGAUGGCGAGUAACAUCCAGACAGAAUAAAAAGACCCCUGUCCCUCCCGCAGCCCCUCAUAGAAACACCCACAAUAUUGUUGUAAGGCAGCCAUGUUUAAAGCGCCCUUUAUGCGGUCGCUGAAUGCACGUGUGACUCUCCAGUUGCGAUUAUUUCAGUUGACAGCCCUUCAGAUGCCUUAUUUCAGAAAGAAGUGUGCUUUGAGAGGAAGAUGGCCACUUCAGUUUAAUUCUAACCAAAAGGGAUUUAGAUUUAACGUCAUGUGAAUAAAGAGAAUAGUCAUUUUAUUACUCUUGAGUUUAUCGUCUCACUCUUCAAAUGUAAAGGUUACUAGUGAAGUUGCCAAUAUUUAGGUUUUCCAGUUUCCUUUCAUAGUUCAUGUUUUUACUGUUAGACUCCAUUAAUGCCCUCGCUCCCGCCCCUCGCUCCCUCCUCUCCUCUCCUGUUGCUUUAUCUCAUAUAUUAAAAGCAGCUUCUCCCCGACUCCUCCGCUGGCCAAGAAAGAGGAGCAGGGAUUGGGGGGCUGAAGUGUCACUGUGACCGCCCGUCCCCUGGUUGGAUUUUCCUCAGUUUUAAUCGUCCAGUUCCUUGACGUUGAAAUUGUGUUUAAGGAAAUUAUUUUUAUUUUUAUUUUAUGCAUUUCUUUUUUUGGAAACCAAUAAAAUAUUCAGAAAAAUAUA